UCUAUUGCCAAGUGGAAGAACGGUGUUAGGUAUGAGUGUAAAUAAAAAUUAUUUCAAAAUACAAAUUUGGUAAAAAUACAAUAUGUUUUAAUUGAAAAGUUGUUUAAAGUACUAUUAACAGUUGACUAAACAUAGUGAAAAGGCAGUAAUAAUGAACGAAAUGAACGUGCUAGAAGAAAAGCAAAAAAUCAUUGACAGAGCUCCUUUCUGCAACAUGAAAAUUGACGACUCUAGCGUACUGGACACAGUGGAUGGCAGAACAAUUUGCGGUAAAUGUUACAAGUCUCGAAAGUUUUUUUGUUAUACGUGCUACACACCUGUCAUCGAUCAAAAAUACAUCCCACGGGUUAAGUUGCCAAUAAAAAUUGACAUUAUAAAAGACCCCCGAGAGAUAGACGGAAAAAGUACUGCCGUCCAUGCUGCGGUAUUAGCACCACAAGAUGUAAAAAUCUACAUUUAUCCAGACUUUCCUGUCUUGUCAAAGAAUGAGAAGAUAGUUCUCAUAUUUCCCAGCAAAACUGCAACGAACAUUGAAGCCCUUUUCCAAGAAGAUGGAAAUCAGGAAGAACACGAUUCGAUAAUUAGGACUGAUCUUCCGGUAACAAGAGCUAUUUUCAUAGACAGUACAUGGCACCAGACCAAGUCAAUCUACAAAGAACAGAAGCUUCGAGAAUUACCCUGUGUCGUACUCCGAUCCCGGGUUUCUCAAUUUUGGCGACAUCAAAAGAAGAGUCCUCGAUGGUACUUGGCAACGAUAGAGGCGAUUCAUCAGUUCCUGAUUGAGUUCCAUACAAGUGCAUUUGAAAGUUACAAAGAGAAUAGAUUAGAGAUCAAAGAUCGAGAUUCAGAAUUAUCUGAAUUUUGUCGAGAGUACGAUGGACAAUACGACAAUCUACUUUACUUUUUUAAGUAUAUGUACGAAAAGAUACAUAGUAUUUAUGAUCACGACAAACUGAAGGCGUACAAGAGACCUUUAAUAUAAAUUGAUUUCUUAACAUUUCUUACUGUGAUUGAUCUAAGUGAAUUUUUAUAAUAAAAGUUUAAAUUGUUGAAAAGA